UUAAACAUGGCCGACAGCAAGUGCUAGACGGCUGAAGUUAGCGAGAAGCGUUUGUAAAAUUGGCGAACUUCUUAGACUUUGCUGCAGGUAUUUGGACUUUGUGGUGCACCUUUGCUGUGUUAUUAAACCUGGAUACGUCUCACACAUGAAUUGGAGGUUCAAGUUGAGUUUGUUCGUCUGUAAAGGCCUCACUAACCCGGACACUAGCCCGCAGUGUUAGCCACGUUAGCAGCCGGACCAGCGCCUGCUUUUGUUUUUGUCGGGAGGCCAUGCUGUAGAGGGCUAACCUUGUGAAGCUUUUUAUUUCGCCCAAAUCGGACUGUAGCUGUUAAGGUGGACUGAGUCUGGGGCUUUUUGUAUUGUGGGUUGGGUCCAGCCCGUCUUGCAGCGUGUUAGCAGUGUUGUUCAUUCAAGGCCAACUUUGUAGACAACGGACACCGCUGGACCGGCAGCAUGGAUCCAAAGCGCACACACGGCAGACCGCAGACCAGCGGCAGCAGCAGCGACUCCAGCUGCGGCAGCCCCGCGUCCCCCUCCGGCUGCAGCCCAGCACCGUCGGCAAGCAAAGCCCUGGGGCCCGGCGGCAACGCGUUCGCCAACGACGGCAGCUUCAUGGAAAUGUUCAAGAAGAAGAUGGAGGAGGCGGAGAAGAGGAAAAAGGAGUCGCAGCAAACAGGUGGAGAGGCGAGAGCCACCGAACAAGGACAGGCAUCAGUGGAAAAGAAGCCCCCUCCAGUGACGAGCUUUGUGGGGAAGCGCAGAGGCGGCGUGUUCCUAAAGACCGGCAUGGUUGCAAAGAAGCAGAAAGACGAAUCAGAAGUCAAGCCAGGCAAGAGCGAUGCUUGGUCAAAGUAUAUGGCUGAGGUAAAAAAGUACAAAGCCCACGAGUGUGGUGACGACGAUAAGACCAGGCCUCUGGUCAAGUAGGGUUCCAUGAGGCAAAC